AUGUGCUUCAUUUUCACCUGUGGAGAACAUGAGUUCUCUUCCCAGCUUCAAGGAUAUGAGAAUGUAUUAUGCCAAUGUCAUAACUGCGGAAAUUAUUCAGCCAAAGUCAUAAAGAGACAUCCGUGGUUUACCUUCUGCUUCAUUCCAGUUUUGCCAUUGAGCUUCCAUGCCUACGAAGAUGUCGUCUGCUCGAUCUGCAAUUUCGCGCAACCACUUCAAAAUCGACCAGAUGUACAAUCUCAAAUAAAUGGAGGAGGUCAAGUGCCAUUACAGAAUCAGCCGCCGCCCGGUGGCGGUGGUGGCCCUGCGAAUCCUGGAUGGGGAGGAGGUCCGCCAGGUGGGAAACCACAACAGCCUAUGCAGUACGCAUAA